AUGUCCCUCGACGACAAGGCUGUUGACAUUCAACAGGAAGAUGUCAAGGAAAUUCCCCAGGCUGCGGCCGGCGAAGUCCAGCACAUGAGCGCCAUUGAGGCGGCUCGUCUGGAGGGCAAGCGUAUGGAAGUCCGCAAUGCGCGUUUCUAUGCCGCUGUCUCCGAGUCCAACCUCAAGGCCAGUUCGAAGCGUUCGCUGUGGAUGUUCUACUGCAUGUUUGUCGCCUUUACCUGCGAUUGUGCCAACGGCUACGACGGCUCCGUCAUGUCUUCGGUCCUCGCAAUGAGCCACUUCCAAUCGUACUUCAACGCCAAAGCGAACCUCAACACCAGUCUCAUCUUCUCCAUCUACACUGCUGGCUCCAUGAUCUCUGCUCCAAUUGCUGCUACUUUCAACGACAGGUACGGCCGUAAAAAGACAAUGGGUCUCGGAGGGAUUAUUAUCAUCGUCGGAGGUAUUUUGUCCGCCACCACUCACACCGUCGCUCAACUCGUUGUCGCUCGUUUCUUGCUCGGUUUUGGUGUCGCCAUCAUGACGAACGCUGCACCGGCCUACGUUGCGGAAUUAUCGCCACCGCAGUGGCGUGGGCGAUGCGUUGGUCUUUACAACCUUGGAUGGUUCGGAGGAGCCAUUCCUGCGGCAGCUAUCACCUUUGGUUGCUCGUACCUCAACAGCAACCUUCAGUGGCGUAUUCCCCUUGCUCUCCAGUGUUUCGCCUGUGUCUUUGUUCUUGCCAACCUCUACUUCAUGCCCGAGUCUCCUCGUUGGCAGUUCAUGAACGGCAAGGAGGAGGAAGCCUUCCAGUUCCUCGUCGAGUACCACGGCGAUGGCGACAGCAGGUCGCCACUCGUUCACUUUGAGAUCGACGAGUGGCGUGAGAGCAUCGUUCAGGACGGUAUUGACAAGCGCUGGUGGGACUACGGACCUCUUAUUACCUCCCACGCCAACCGCUGGCGUAUGCUCCAGGUCUUCCUCAUCUCGCUCAUUCCCCAGUACACCACUGGCGGCACUGGUUACUUCAACACUUUCAUCUACGACAUGGUGGGACUGACCAGCACCACCAAGCAGCUCAUGAUCAACCUCAUCGGCCAGUUCAUCUCAUGUGCGGCUGCUGUCUCCGCCGGUCUCCUGUCCGACAGGAUGCCCCGUCGUGGUGCCCUCAUCUACGGUACCAUCGCCGUUGCCUGCUUCCAGCUCCUCAACACUGGUCUCACCAAGUACGCUGCCGACCGCAUCAACAGCGGUGGCGAGCACACUAGCGACGGAUUCGGUAUCUCGUACGGCUUCUCGAUCGGUACCAUCAUUGUCGGCCAGCUGUCGGGCAUUGCCUACUGCUUCGGUUACACCCCGCUCCAGGCCGUCGUCCCUACUGAGGCUCUUGAGACUACCACUCGUGCCAAGGGUCUUGCCUUCUCGUCGUUCGUCCUCGGUGCCAUUGGCUUUAUCGGCCAGUUUGCCGCUCCCAUCGGUCUCGCCAACAUGGGCUACAACUACAUGUGGGUGUUCGUCGGCCUCGACUUCUUCUGGAUCGUCGUCUUCUACUUCUGCGCCGUCGAGUCCCAGGGCCGUACCCUCGAGGAGCUUGCCUGGAUCUACGACCAGCCCAACCCCGUCACCGCCUCUAAGCGCAAGGACAAAAUUAUUGUCGAGACCGAUGGCCACGUCGUCGAGGUCGAUGAGAAGCAGGCCUAA